AUGGACAGUGAGUUCCAAUAUGAUAGCAUUGAGAAGUUUGUUCAAAGGAAGAGGAAAGUGGGUGAAUUAAUGGCUACCGGUCAUCUUAGGAUGCAUUUGUGUUUGGUAAUGAAGGGCUAUAUUUGGGCGUGGCUGGUUUUUCGAUCAAGAUUUUUGCUGAGGUUUGGGUGUGUUCAUGAAAUUGCAGGAGUAGAUGAGGAGUUCUGUGUGCUACUUGGAGAUGUUGGUUCCGUCUUGAGUCCUGUAUCGGAUUAG